GGGAUACUGCGCUGAGAGAGUGAGCCGCCAUCUUAGGAGGAGUCGCGAGGGGACUGUGCUCCUCACAGCGGGGACUGGGCGCCCUGCGGGACGGGCGGAGCCUGAGCCGGGCUGAGGGACAUGGCGGCUGUGAGAGCGGCCCUCACGGGGAUGCUGCGCCCGCUGUCACGCUGGGCCCCGCUGGCUGCAGGACGAACCGCCGCCGUUCGGUGCUGCCACAGCCCGGUGUGGGCUGCGGCUCCGCUGCCCAAACCGCCGUCCAAAGGGAUCGUGCCCGGCGCACCGUGUCCUUCCCUGGUCCUCAGACUCACUCCUCUGCUUCCCAACAUCCUUCAGCAGCCCACGAGGCCCGUCACUUAUUACGGCUUACGGAAGGGAAAGAGGAAGACUGUGAAAGCUGUCGUUAAGAGAUUUCUGCGGCUGCACUGUGGGCUUUGGGUGAGGAGGAAGUCUGGUUACAAGAAGAAACUGUGGAAGAAAUCUACUGCCCAGAAGAAACGCUUGAGAGAGUUUGUGUUGUGCAAUAGGACACAAAGUAAACUCCUGGAUAAAAUGACCACUUCUUUCUGGAAAAGAAGAAAUUGGUACGUUGAUGAUCCUUACCAGAAGUAUCACGACCGCACCAACCUUUCUGUGUAGAAAGCUUUAGUUAUUUUAUAAUUAAACAUAUGUGUAUCAACUGCUCACAAUUAUGGCCCGAAAUAAAGGAAUAUUAAAAGCUGC